CAGCCACAUAGAGGACGACAGAAAACAACUGCAGGAUCAUCCCGCAGAAUAAAGGACACAGAGACCAAAGCUCAUUCCCCCCAAGUUACUGUAGGGAUAAUUAAACUGGUACCGUGGAGGAUUUUGAACACAGAGAUUUGGAGCUGAUGAAAUUGUGAGGAUGUAGAUGAAUCCACAUGAAGAGAAAAGCGAAGCUAGAGAGAACGACCUUGGUGCCAGAGCAGAUGCAUUCCCAUUAAAGGAAUAAGGAAUUUUGUGUCUUGGUGGGGUGGAUGUAGGGGCUGAGAAACAGGCUGUCGGCUCACUCCUCACGACCAAUCUCUCACCAACAAAGGUGGCCGGAGACAGAGGAGAGGAGGCGUGAUCCAGAACAGAGGUCCCCCCUGUCUUCAGACACCUGCUGUCUGCUAGUUGCUGAAACUGAGCACACUGUCAGGCUGUGUUUGUUCAUGGGUGUGUGUGCAUAUAAAUUAAUGAAAGACAGGCUGACCCAUGCUUCUCAGUUGAUAUGGGAGAUUUUCCCCUGAAAGUUUUGCAUCUGUGACAGAGGAGGAGGGAGACACUCAGACAUAGACCUGAGGGAGGUUUGGAGGGGAUCUCUCAACGUUAUUGUGAGUAAAGCAGCUUUAUUUAACAUCUUGACUGUCUCUUCUGUUUGUUCCACAGGUCAGACAUCUGGUACUGAUAACAUGAAUGAUCAGUGCUCUUCCCUCUGAGGGAUGGGCACAACAGAGGCAACUCUACGAAUGGAGAACAUGGAAGUAAAAGACGAGUGGCAGGAUGAAGACUUCCCCAGGCCUCUACCAGAGUACGGAGAUAUGGACCCUUCCUGUGGACUGACAGACCACAGAGUUUCUCCUCCUAACUCCUUACACGUGAGCCCACCUGGAGGAGGAGGAGGCGUGUCUUCAUCUCAUCGCAAACGUCGCACACUGGUGGCGCCUGAGAUGAAUCUGUCCUUGGAUCAAAGUGAAGGUUCCCUGUUGUCAGAUGAUUUCCUGGAUACCCCAGAUGACCUGGACAUCAACGUGGAUGACAUUGAUACACCAGAUGAAACAGACUCACUGGAGUUCAUAACCAAUGGGAAUGACCUGGAAUGGGAAGAUGACACGCCGGUGGCUUCGGCCAAGGCUGGUCCGGAUGGAGGCUCUGGAGCAACGGCUGAGGAUGGGAAUGCAAAUAAUGGGCGACUGUGGAGAACAGUGAUUAUCGGAGAGCAGGAGCACCGUAUCGACAUGCAGAUCAUCAAACCUUACCUCCGGGUCAUUACACACGGAGGUUAUUAUGGUGAAGGCCUGAACGCCAUCAUUGUUUUCUCUGCUUGUUACCUGCCUGACAGCAGCUUUCCAGACUACCACUACAUCAUGGAAAACCUCUUUUUAUAUGUGGUCAGCAGCCUUGAGAUGCUGGUGGCUGAAGAUUAUCUGAUCAUCUACAUGAAUGGAGCCACCCCUCGGAGUAAGAUGCCUGGAAUCAGCUGGCUGAAAAAAUGCUACCAAAUGAUUGACAGAAGAUUGAGGAAGAACCUCAAGUCUCUGGUCAUCGCUCAUCCUACAUGGUUUAUUCGCACCGUUCUGGCGAUAUCCAGGCCUUUCAUCAGUGUAAAGUUCAUGAAUAAGAUCCAGUAUGUUCACAGUUUGGAUGAACUUGCAGAGAUUGUUCCCAUGGAGCACGUCCAUGUUCCUGAGUGUGUGAUGCAAUAUGAUGAAGAAAGGAUUAAAGCCCGGAGCGAAAGGAUGGAGCAGGAGCGGCGACAGCAGGAGCAACAGUCAGUCCCACAGGAGCCAAUUAAAAAGUCUGUGAGGCCAAAAUCAAUGAUUGUGGAGCAAUGAUUGUGAGAAGGAAAAAGCUUUGAAGGUGAAGGGGAUGACUGAGAGAUGUCCAACAAGUUGACACUUCCUCCCUUAUUUUAUCCACAUGCAGCUGAUGUUUCGUCUUGCUUCGCAGUCAAAAAGAGGACCGCUCUGUCAUGUAAUAUUCACUCCAUUAGUAAUUCCCUCUUCCUGGAAAUGGGAUAUUCUCCCAUCUUGAAAAUGUAGAACAUGGAGUGGCUGCUCUGUUACAGAAGCUAUUUUUAUCAGAAAAUGCCGCUGCCUCUUGAAGGACCUGAUAUUGAAUUGUUGAACCACGAUGAGGCAUUUGAUUGAGUUUUCCCAGUGAUGUUGAGAAACAUUACAAGCCUGACUCUGAUUUAAUAAUAAAGCAUAAUAAAGCAGAAUAACUGAAAAUGCAUUUUUCAAAGCUCAAAAUACAGAAUGUCUCUAUGGCCUUUGUCAAAAAAGGGUUUGAGAUGCAACAUGUUGGCAUGAGAGAUUUCAUGUGAGAGCAACACUAAAACAAACUGCUCUCACAAUGCAGGGUUGUGAAGAUAAGGUCGGGGUCAAGAGGUGUGGUUUAAGUGUGUCAGAUGCUGAUAUAGCAAUGUGAAAGAUGCCAUCAUUUCUCUUUCUUUUUAACUCAUUACUGCUGUAUCAUUAAGGCCUUUCUGAGCUCUUGCUUCAUUUUUCAGGCAUUUUUAAAAGGUCCAAAAACACUAACAUUUCUUUAUGUCAAUCUUCUCUCUUUCUGGCCUCAGUUGCUGUGUGAACUACUAUGUGUACUGUAUCGUGUAUUAUGAUGUAAUGAUAACUACAUGUUUGCAUUUUCUGAUUUAGAAAACCCAUGUUAGAAAAAGAUCUAUAAAAAAAAUUAACAGUACAUGUUUGGUUUGUAGAUGUCUGAACAAUCUUCAAAAGACAAUGCAAUCCAAUGAGUGAAAUUUUCCUUUUGCUGCCUACUACAUGCAUGUUUUUAUAGACUGAAUAGAGUAUUUAUCCAGCACAUGCAAAGAUUCUACUUUAGAUUGUACAUGGAAAUGAAAUACAUUAAAUACCUUUGGAUGGUAUUGUUUUAUGAUUUUUUUCCCCCUUGGGGAAUGUUAGCUAUCUGCUUAGACAGAAAAACACUAUUGCCAGAAAUAUUCGCUUGCCUGCCUGUGCACCCAUUUUAACUUAAGUGACAUCCCAUUCUUAAUCCAAGGGUUUAAAUAUGAUGUCAACACACCCUUUACAGCUAUAACAGCUUAACUCUUCUGGGAAGGUUUUCCAGAGGGUUUAGGAGUAUUUGUAGGGGAAAUUUUGACCAUUCUUCAUUUCCGAGGUCAAACACUGCUUUUGGAGAGCCUGGUAGUCUCUGUUCUAAUUCAUCCCAAAGCUGGUGGGUUGAGGUCAGGACUGUAUGCAGGUCAGCCAAGUUCUUCCACACCAAACUUGUUCAUCCAUGUACUACUGGACUAUGCUUUUGCCACCAAUGCACAGUCAUGUUAAAAAAGGAGGAGUCCAUCUUCAAACUGUUCCAACAAAGUUGGGAGCAUUAAAUUGUCCAGAAUGUCUUGAUAUGCUGAAGCACUGAUUCAGUUCAUUUUACUGGAACUAACAUCCCAAAUCCAGCUUUUGUAAAGCAGCCAGAAUCUUCUCUGCACCAAACUUUUUUCUUGACACAGUGUAGUCAGACAGAGGCCGUUCUCCUGACAAAUGCCAAUCCCAUGCUUGUCCAUUGCUAUUGCAUUGCCAGACUGAGAGGCAUGAUUUAUCAGUACAAAGAACAGGUCUCCAUUGCUCUAGGUCCAGAGCAGCAUGCUUUACACCACUGCAUCUGACAUUUUGCAUCACAGUUGGUGAUAUAAAGCUUGGAUGCAGCUGCUCAACCAUAGAAACCCACUUCAUUAAGCUCUCUACACACUGUUUUUGAGGUAAUCUGAAGACCAUAUGACGUUUGGAGGUCAGAAAGUUAGCUUCUGUGCAGUAUGACCCCUCAGAUUCUGCUUACCUCACUCUGUUACCAGAGUAACACUUGCAUGGCCUACAAUAUUGUGGCUGAGUUGCUGUUGUUCUACUUUGCUAUAAUACCACUAACAUCUUACUGUGGAAUGUUUCGUAGCAAGGAAAUAGCACACUGGAGUUCACCGUACUCCUGAGAGCGACCCAUUUUUUCACAAAUGUUUAAAAAGCAGCCUGCAGGCUGAGGUGCUGGAUUUUAUACACCUGAGGCCAUGGAAGUGACUGAAACAUCCAAAUGCAAUGUUGUGGAUGGGUGAGCGAAUAUCAUUUUCAAAAUUUUUUAUCUUUAUUUAAUUUUAGAUAAAUAAGAUUUAUGCAGUUUGAAUUUUGCCAAUUCGGAAGAUGUCAACUUAGACUUGUGUUUUUAAAGCAGAAAUGUUAAAACAAGAUUAAACAGCUUCUAGACUAGAUUAAAAUAAUCUUUUUUAUUUUUUCAGCUUCUUGAAACAGGGUAGCAGAAAAUAGCAAUCAUAUUCCUGUUAAAGUAUAUGUUUUUGAUGUUGGUUUGCAGUCCUGGAUUUGGUUCUUAACAGAAAAAAAGAGUUGGUUCUUUACAAUAUGUUACUGUUUUAUGUUCUUGGACUGUUUUGUCAUUUUGUGAGCAAAAGCUGUGUAUUUUAUCAUGUUGUGAAAAUACACAACAGUAGUACAAGUUAAAGGCUUUCAGUGGAAAUUCUGUUUGCUUUUUGAAGCAGGAAUUCUGGAUUAAAGGUUCAACCAUUAUUUUUUUCUAUCAUGUUUUUAUAUUGUUUCCUAAUAGGUUAGUUGUAUGACUGAACUGAAUGCCUAUUGUUGAACUCGAAUAAAAUUUAAACAAAUGUCAGAAUGUAAAGUGAAGCAUUUUAAUUUUUAUUAGUUUUUUUUUUUAUGGUGUACCAGUGUCAUGAGAAAUGCUGGCAUACACCUAACCUAUUUUGCCCUUCUAAAAUAUAAACGUUCAUUUUGACUGUAAAAGCACAACACAAACAUAUGUGAAUCAUUUCGCUGUAAAUGUUUGCUCAGAUUCAAAUUAUCAUGUGGACUGUUAUCAUUCAUGGUUUAAAGCUGACUGUAAAUAUGAUAUUAAAUAAAUUCUUCCUUCAAAAUCCUAAAA